AUGCAUUUUAGCAAUCCGUUCCGAGCGACUCUGCUCAUAGCAGCAGGAAUUCAAGGGGUUUAUUCACAACAGACUGCUUGGGGCCAGUACUAUUCCCAAUGUCUGCCAGGCACCGCAUCAUCCUCGACCGGUGCAACGACACCUGGCACAAUAGCUCCAGGCACGCCGACGACCACAGUCUCCGCAACUACUACUGGUGUAGCCUCGUACCCCGGAUCGACUCUCCAAAGUGGCUAUUAUUGGGUUCGCGCCGUUGAAUCUCCGAAUUUCCAUUCUUACCUCCAAGCCUCAUCAACUGCCAAACCUGGCACCGCACUCCUAGCCGACAGAUCCACCGCCGGCCAAUAUCAAAUCGUAUCCGGCCAACUAGUCGAGUUAAUCGCACCUAAUAAUUUCCUCUACGCCAACGUCCAGCCACCUGCCAAUUCCUCCGCCGUGAAACUCUCCAUGACAUUUAAUACCACCCAAAACACGUUCGGUACAUUUGCAUUUAGUGGAGAUGCAGUGACGUGGAGUGUGGCUAGCAUUAGUCGACCGAAUUUGAGUGCAUGGUUGGUUUGUGGUGCCCAAGAGUUGUGGAUCAAUUUGGGGAGCUAUGCGUAUUUGACGCCGGCGGGAUGUGUGGAUGAGACGAUUCAUUAUUUUAAUGGAGCGACUGUAGAUUAA